AGUCAACUCUUGUGUAUAAUUCUAUUCCAGAUCCUGCAUCACGUUCAAGAAAAUUUGGUAGAAAUGUGUUACAAUUCAACAUGUAUUGAACCAUCAGAGGCCUCUUCACUUGUUUUACCUAUCAUUUAUAACUUACUAUGCAUUCUAGGACUUUUAGGAAACAUACUCUCGCAAGGGAUAUUUUUAAGAAAAAUUGCUAGGAAAUCAUCAACACACAUCUACUUAAUAAAUCUUGUGACUGCAAAUUUGCUUGUAUGCUGUGCUAUGCCUUUUAUGAGUGCCUAUUUCAGUGCAGGAUAUGAUUGGGAAUACUGGUCAGUAAAAUGCCAGGUAGUCAAUUUCUUGGGUACUCUCUUCUUGCAUGUCAGCAUGUUUGUCAGUCUCACGAUUUUAAGUUGGAUUGCCAUAAGCCGUUAUGCUACUCUCAUGAAAAAUGACCUCACCCAGGAAGAAAAUGCUUCAUUCUAUGAAAAAAUAUUUUAUGGACACAUACUAAAAAAGUUCUGCCAGCCCAACUUUGCAAAAAAGCUAUGUUUCUUUAUAUGGGGGGCUGUACUGGCCAUAAUAAUUCCAGUUACUGUUUACUACUCUGCUGCAGAGCUCUAUCCAAAAGAUGACAAAAGGUGCUACAGUCAAAAGACAGAAUGUGGUGGUGUCAUUUCUCGGAUUGCAAGAUUUGUUGGAACUGCAUAUAUUGGUUUUUGUUUCCUAGUGGUACUGCUGUCAUAUUAUUCUUUUGCCAGCUAUCUGAGAAAAAUAAGGAAAGGCACAUCCAUUACAAAGAAAUAUUCCAUUUACUGUUCCGUGAAAAGACACCUUUUAGUCAUUCAAUUUCUACUGAUAGUUUGCUUUCUUCCAUAUAGUAUUUUUAUACCCAUUUUUUAUGCCCUAAGUAAAACAAAUGACAGCCAGCAACUGAAUUAUUUAGUGGAAAUAAAAAAUUUCCUCUUGUGUCUUGCUGCUGCCAGAAGUAGCACAGAUCCCAUUAUAUUCCUUUUACUAGAUAAAACAUUUAAAAGGACACUAUGUAAUCUCUUUAGAAAGGACAAUUCACAACAUGAAACUAGAUCUUUGCAUCAAAUCCACCAUGGAAAUAGCGAACCUCAAUGA